AUGAAGAAACUCCCGAAUGAAACCGAUUUUGUGAAAAUCGUUCUGACGAACAGUCGUCUCAGCAACCGAGUGAAUCUCGUCUUCCACGAAACAUACGGCUUAUCAGAAAAGAUGAAAAAAAUGAAAGAAAUCCUCUCCGAGCUCAAUCAACAUGGAGAGGCUCCAAAAACGCUCAUCUUCGUGCAGAAGAAGAAAACCUGCGACUUCUUGGCUGUCAGAGUUGCACAGUAUGGAAAUUUGAUUCGAUCUCAAACUUUGCACGGAGACCGUUCCCAGGACAAGCGUGAUCAAUAUAUCAAUGAGUUCAAAACCGGAAGACUUAAUGUGAUGGUUACUACUGAUGUUCUCUCUCGUGGUAUCGAUGUCACCGAUCUCGAACGUGUAAUCAAUUACGACAUUCCUGAUGGAAGUCCUGACACUGCCACUGACACGUUUAUUCAUCGAUCGGGUCGUACUGGCCGAAUGCACACCGGUGUUUGCAUUUCGUUCGUGGAUCCCAAAUGCGAAAGUGAUUGCCGCCUCGCUCCAAAGCUUGUCGAACUCGUCAAAUCUCAAGGAAAAACAGAUGAAGAUCUUCCACAGUUUUUGGUCCAGAUGGCAAGAGAAAAUGUCCACAAAGUGCACACGGACACUGGAUUUGGACGAGGAGGAGGUCGUGGUGGACGUGGUGGAAGUUACGGAAGUCGGGGAGGAGGAUUCUCAGGAUCCGCAACAGGAUCAUUCAAUCGCACUUCUCUCGCGUCUGGAGGAUUUGGAUCUACUUUUGAAUGGCCAGGUAUUUUGGCCCAUGAAUGGCCAGGUAUUUUGAGACUUUGA